AUGCUCGUACUCAAACUCGCCUCGCCCGUCUUUUAUGCUCUGCUCCAUCUCCGAAAACCUACUACCUUUGCCCCAGCGGUUAUAUCUACUGCACAAAAUUUCAUCCAAGCUGGCAACCACCAUAUUAACACGAAACUCCUCCGUUCGCAAUUCGAGGCCCUUACUGCUUCCCUCAUCCAACGCAUUGUCGCUCCCUGCAAGAAGGCGCUGUUCGGUGCUGGCGUCAAGCCCAGCGAUGUCCACGAGAAGGGUGUUAACCCUGACGAGACUGUCGCUAUUGGCGCUAGUGCCCAAGGUGGUGUUUUGGUCGGCAACGUCAUGGAUGUUCUGCUUUUGGAUGUUAUGCCUCUUUCUCUUGGUAUCGAAACUCUCGGUCGUAUCAUGACCAAGCUCAUCACUCGCAACACGACCAUUCCUACCAAAAGGUCGCAGGUCUUCACGACUGCCGCUGACGGUCAAACUGCUAUCGAGGUCAAGAUCUACCAGGGCGAACUUCGUCAGAAUUCCCCUGCUCCCAAAGGUGUCCCUCAAAUCGAAUCACUUUCGACAUUGAUGCUGAUUGUCAACGUCUCCGCCAAUCUGAAGGACAGGGCUAAAGGACCAGCUAUGAUCAUUGCCUCUUCUUCUGAUCUCAGCAAGGACAACAUCUACACCUCUCGGACUAGCGCUGAGACGACGGAUGGGUAUGAGCCUGAACCUUUCCUCACAUCAGCGUAUCGGAGACAUCUGACGUGGCUAUAA